CAGCCAAAGUCAACAUUGACAAUAUCGUAAAAAUGAAUGAAAACAACAAAUAGCUUUUUGAUAUUAAUUUAAGGUUAGGUUUAAAAUCACAUUGUAAGAGAAUUGUAGAAAUAGGCGGGGUUUGUGGCUGUCGUGACGACCAUAUCCCUCCCUCCACAGACCCAGUCCACCUUGGUCGUAGUUGCCAGCGUCCAAACUAGGCUGCCACAAGCCGAAAACAUCGACACACACCCGGGCAGUAGUAGUUUUGAGCAUGGCUAAUUCAACUGGGAACAGUGUCGUACCACCGGGUCAGACAGCGGGGGGAGGCAGCCGUGCAGGAGACGACCAUGUGAACCCAGAAUACAUAGCCUUCGUCCUGGUGCCGGUCUUCUUCCUCCUGGGUCUCCUGGGGGUCUUGGUGUGUCACGUCCUGAAGAGGAAGGGUUACCGCUGCACCACCGAAGCUGAGGAUGAGGAGGCGGCCCGGGUAGCAGAGGCGGAAAAGAAGGAACUGGAGAUGUGUACAGAGCUGAACGACACCUACAGCGAGGGCAACAACGACACCGUGGGACAGAUUGUUCAUUACAUCAUGCAGAAUGAAGGUAACUAG